CACCAAUGUCUAUGUCAAGCAUAAAAGACACACCUCCUGCUCAACUUGUGUGAAACAAGUUGAUCAUAGGUUCACUGCUUUCAAAGCGAACCUAUGAAAGCACAACUAUAACUCUGCUGAGGUUCUCCUUUGUGUUUAUUUUGAUCCUCCACCAGCACUUCCCCCUCCACGGCUUCAAACUGGAUUUUUUUUUUUUUACGGUUGCUUUGUUCUACCAUUUGUCUAUGAUUAUAUCCAGCAGCUCAUAAAAAAAUCCUCAUUUAUGUAGAGCAGUAUGCACCUCUUUAACACAAGCAGUUUAGCGCUCCACAUUUGAAAUCUUUUAAGUCCAGCCCAGUAGUGUUAGACAUGUAACCCAAAAAGUCACGUUUUGGUUUCUUCUAACCAGAACUUGGUCUUCCACAUGUUUGCUGUAUUUCCUACAUGGCUUGUGGUAAACUACAAGCUGGUCUUCUUGAGGUUUUCUUUCAAUAGUUGCUUUCUUCUUGACAUUAUACAACUGAGUUAUCCUGUUGACAGAUUAUUCAAUUUGAGUUAUGAGACGCUGCAUCUUCUCCAUAAUUACAGUGGGCCUCCUGGCUGCUUCACUGAUCGAUGCUCACCUUUCCUGGUUGAGUCCACAGGGAUGUCUUCUUUGCUCUGAGGAUGUGCCAAACACUGUCAUUGUUCUGCAGGACAGAAUGAACAGCCCUCUGUGAGACGUUCAAAGUUGGUAAAAUUGUUUUAUAACUUAACCCUUUAAACUCCUUUACAACUUUACCUCUGGGUUUGGUGGCUCUUCUGUCUGAGAACGUCCUGUUUGAAGUUUGAAGUGGAAACUCGCUGAUGAUCUGUUUUUAUGUGUCAUCUUGGCCUCAUGAUGUCAAAACGUGAACAGCAUGAUGAGGAGGACUGUCAGAAUACCAGUUCUGAUGGAACCAGGAAAAUUAUUGGUCGAUUCACUGACGGAUUAGAAACACUCCUUGUGAAUUUUGCUGUUAAUCUCCUUGUUAGAAAACAGGAAGUUGUGCAAAAUAAACUGUAAAGGUUGUAGUGGAUUUUAGGUUCAGCUUGUGGUUUUUGUUCACCAGAAAGCCAAACAUCCCUAACUUUUUGUGAGUAGUGGAGCUCAGUGUCUCUGAGAUCCCGUCCUCAGGGGCCACUGCCCUGCAUGUUACAGGUGUUUCCCUUCUGCCUCACACCUGACUUGAAUGGAUGGGUGAUUAACAGCCUUCUGAUUCACUUGAUGGCAUACAGAAGACGUCAGGCAAUCAUUUGAAUCAGGUGUUCUGGAAGAGAGACACAUCUAAAAUAUGCAGGGCAGCGGUCCAUGAGGACUGGAAUUGAGAAACAUUGAUGUAGAUAAACUUCAGUGUUUGCAGCCAGAUGCUGCCUAUCUUCAGUGAGUCUGUUGUUUGGAGUGUAAUCUCUUCUGCCAUCACCUGCUGGGGCAGCAGCAGCAGAGCCAGAGAUUUAAAAAAAACCUGAACUGGGUGAUGAAGAAGGACGAUUCUGUUCCGGGAAUUGAUGUGGAACCUCUGGAGAUGACGGUGGUGAAGGAUUGUCCAAAAAAAAAAAAAAAAAAAUCCCUGUAACUAUUCUCAUCCUCUUCACAAGACUACUUUAGAAUGACAGGGUGCCACGCUGCUUUCAGUAUAAAGUAGUUAACAAUAACCAAACUGGUUAGUUUAUUGAUGGUAUAAUUAAACUUUUAUUAAAUCCAAUUGCAUAUUUCUAAAGUCAAAAUUUGGUCAAGAGAAACACAAGCCUUCUGAUGUGAAGAGAACUGUUCACCACUCCCCUUUCUAAUAAAUCCCCCUGCAUAAGAAGCGGCCAAACUGAGACAUGGUUGUACGCAGAAUGGAGAACUUCAUGCAGAUAACAGUUAUACUUCUCUGCAGCCACAGUAAGUAUGAUAUUAAAUCAUCUUCAACAUGGACUCCAUUUAAACUGUGUUCUUUAACUUUAUCAGUCUUCCAUUCUUGCUUAUUUACUUUUGUCAUCUUAGAGUUGAAUCUGUUUGUUUCAGGUUGGAUCUGUGAGUCUCUAACUGUGGACGUCCAUCCUGGUGAGGACAUCACUCUGUUCUGCUCCAACAUUUCUCCAUCUCCAACCCAGACAGACUGGUUCAGAGUGGUUCAUGGAACCAAACCCAGCUGCAUCUCCUCCAUGUACGGUGCUGAAGGCGAACCUUCAUACUGCGAUGGAUUCCACCGUGAAAAAUUUAUCAUGAGUUCCAACAAGACAGUUUUCUUUCUUCAAAUCAAACAAGUGGACCUGAUGGACUCUGGGUUGUAUUUCUGUGGAUUUUAUGUAAAGAAACAUACAGUUAUUGGCAGAGCAACAGAGUUAACCAUUAAAGCUAACAGAGACUCCAAAGACGAGGGGGAUUCUGAUAAUACAAAAGAAGCGGAGCAACUGAUGGACCUGAUGCCUGGGAUUUUAGGUUCUCUGAUUGCUCUUCUCUUUGUAGCAGUCGUUGUUCUGGCUGUUAAAAACAGGAGACUUGAGAGAGCUUCAAGGCUGCAGAAAGAAAGAAACGAGACUCUGGGCUCUUCUGACCUCCACUCUGCUCUGCUGAGGUUCUUCCCAAACACUGAACAAAUCAUGAAGGCAUCAAAACACAUCGCAGUGGAGACUCAUGUUCUGUAUACCAACAGCAGAUAAAUAUCAUCUUGUAUAUUUGGCUGAAAAUGUUUGCUAUUAAUUCAAUGCCGUUUUUUUUUUGUAUCUGAAUUAGAGAUAAAGCUGUUAAAUGUCUUUUAGCUAGUAUUAAAAAAAAAUUCCAAUUAAACUGUAUCCAGUUCUUUCAUACAUCCCUGUGUCAAUGAAUGGUUUUUAUUUUUGUUAUGCGCAUUAAAUUAUUUCAUGUUGUAUAAAAAGGACUCAAACGAG